AUGUACAAGCAAAUUGUGGGGAGUCUCAUGUACUUAAUAGCAACAAGACCAGACAUCAUGUAUGGUGUUAGUCUCAUUAGUAGAUACAUGGAGGAUCCCACAAAAAAACACCUUCAGGCUGCUAAGCGUAUUUUACACUAUUUGAAAGGGACUGCAUCUCUUGGGUUAUUUUACAAGAAAGGAGAAAAUUCAAAUUUGUUUGGUUUUACUGACAGUGAUUAUGCAAGUGAUAUUGAGGAUCGGAAAAGCACCUCAGGCUAUGUAUUUACGCUUAGUUCAGCAGCUGUCUUGUGGUCUUCAAAGAAACAACCCUUAGUCACUCUUUCAACAACAGAAGCCGAAUUUGUGGUUGCCACAUCAAGUGCUUGUCAAGCUAUUUGGUUGAGGAAGAUUCGUGGACAACUUCAAUUCGAACAGCAUGAAGCAACAAUAAUUUUUUGUGACAACAAUUCAGCCAUUAAAUUGUCAAAGAAUCCAAUUCUACAUGGGAGAAGCAAGCAUAUAGAUGUGAAGUAUCAUUUCUUGGGAGAUCUUACCAAAGAUGGUGUGAUUGAUCUUGUUUUCUGCAGAAGUGAAGAUCAAGUUGCUGAUUUGUUCACAAAACCUCUCAAAAUUGCCACAUUUCAGAAGUUAAGGAAGCUUCUUGGUGUUUGUUCAUUGGAUGCUCCAGAUUAA